CGAGACCUUCUCUCUCUCCCUUCUCGAUCUCUCGAAGCCUUUUCUCUUGCCUUUCUUUCCCCCCUCCUUUUCCGCUUCUUCUCUGCCCGCCAUCGCUUGCUUCUGACGAGAACCUUCUAGAAAAGGCACCUUCUGAGGAAGCUUCUCGGUUCUCUGCGGACAUCGCUCGAUUGUUUCCGGUUGCAAGGCUGGCUCCGGCGACGCUCUGGACGGGUUUCCGGCGAAGGAAACGGCUAAUUUUUGCUUGAGUUCUGUGGAUGGGCGCAGUGUGGCCGGAAUUAGCAUAUCCGGCGGGAAUUAGCUGGAUAUAUCGUGAGGCAGGAAUGGCUCCUCCAGGGGAGCAGAACGGUGACUCGACGACGGCCCCGGCGUCCAGCGGAGACGCGCACAGGUCGCUCCCGACGCCCUUCUUGACGAAGACCUACCAGCUCGUGGACGAUCCCUCGGUAGACGACGUGAUAUCGUGGAACGACGACGGAUCGACGUUCAUCGUAUGGCGUCCGGCGGAGUUCGCUCGAGAUCUUCUCCCGAAAUACUUCAAGCAUAACAACUUCUCUAGCUUCGUCCGGCAGCUGAAUACAUACGGUUUUCGGAAGAUCGUUCCCGACAGGUGGGAGUUUGCUAAUGAUUGCUUCAGGAAGGGCGAGAAGAAGCUGCUGUGCGAGAUCCACCGGCGGAAGAACGCCCAGGGUGCGAAUAUCCUGGGGAACCGGCCGGUUUCUCCGUCCAACUCCGCGGAGGAGCCGCUGCUUGUAUCGACCUCUCCAGGGGCCGAAAUGGCGGUAACGAUAGCGUGCCACGGAAGCGGCGCAACCGCCGCGGAGCUCCUGGAGGAAAACGAGAAGCUGAGGAAAGAGAACUUCCACCUCAGGCAGGAGCUCAACCAGAUGAAGGGCCUCUGCAACGGCAUCUUCGCGCUGAUGACGAAGUACGCCAGCCGGAUGGAGAACGGAUUGGCCGGGACGGCAGGAGGGAGGCCGCUGGAGAUCUUCCCGGAGGCUGCCCCCAUGUUCCUCGAUGCGUGGCCCAACGCAAACUCCGGGAGGCGUCGGGUGAAGGCGGAGGAGGAAGAAGGCACACCGGACGACGCGGCGGAGGAGGAAGACGGAGGCGGCGCUUCGCCGGCAAGCCCGAGACUGUUCGGCGUUCCCAUCCGGACGAAGAAGCGGACGAGGGAGGAAUCGGAUCGAAGGGAGGCGGGGGCGGAGGUGAAGUCUGAGCCGUUGGAUCCCGUGUUGGAGUUGGAAUCUUCAUGGCACGCAUACCGUUGUCGAUCCAACCACAGGGCGUGUGACUGAACCCCGAAGGGGAAGGCGGGAAAGGAGAGUUCUCUGGUCUCGCUCCUUGCUCAGCUCCAUGCCUGCGGUCCCUUGCCUGUACACUUUUCCCCAAAACGAGAUUUCUUUUUCCGAUAUAAAUGCGAGGAGGAAACUACAAACCGAAAAUGUCUUCCAGAUUUUCCUGGACAAGGGGUCUCGUUCCAUUGACCCGAGACAAAGGAGCCGAGUAGGGAGCCUGCUCUUUCGUCUUCAAGUGUGUGGAGGUCCGGUGGGACCAACCGGCUUGGCGGCACAUGGCCGUCCUCUACAGAGCGACUGCAAGGGUACUCGACUCAAAGUAGCUGGACUGGUUACUUGACUGUCUUAUGUAUGGCUGCGAGUCCUUGGAAUCAUAAAGUUUCGUCUAUUUCCACCUCAUUAUGCAGCCAUGAAAAGGUUAAGUUGUAAUCCACGCCUGAUUUCCUGGAGUUAUGAGCCGUUGGAGACGCACCUGAAUUUUUGGAGUGAGCUGGUGCGUUAUCACCCACUUCCAUGAAAGCAAAAAAAUGGAAAGGGAGAAAAAAAAAACAGCAAAGCAAGAAAAGGGGAAAAUGUGGAAAAGAUUUUAGGAGGAUGAACGGGGAAGAUGCCGGAGAAUGAAAAAUGUUCUUGUUUAUUAAAUCUUUCAUUCGGUGGUUGGCUUAAUUUUAAUUCAAGUUUGAUGGUUUAUUGAUGGAAUGUCGGAGUUACCUAGCCCAAUAAGGUGAUGCGCCGAGCAGGCGAGGAUGAUGAGUUCUUAUGGUCAA